AUGAAGAACAGCAUCCUCUACGCUGCUCUAUCCCUCUCGGCUCUCGCCGCUGCUCAACCCCAUGGGCGUCACCACCACCAACAUGCGAAGCGUGAGGUCGUCCACGAGACCGUCAUCGUCACGGCAACCGUGCCGAACGUAAUUGUCUAUGUCGAUCAGGACGGCGUCCCCUUCGCCACUUCCUACGCCGACGUUCCCGCUCCCACUGAAGCUCCCGCCGCUCCUGCUUCUGUUCCUGAGGCGGCAUCUUCCAACGCUCCUGUCAUUGCCGCCGAGGUGCCCAGAUCCUCUGAAGCUGCUCCAGUUCCAGCAUCCAGCGCUCCGGCACCUGUAGCCCCUCCAGCGGAGACGGCCCCUGCCCCGGCGCCAGCUCCCGAAGCAGCUGCGGCCCCAGCUCCCGCUCCAUCCACUGCUGCUUCCUCCGGUCAGGAGCUCGGUGGCUUUGGUAUCAGCUAUGCUCCGUACGCGGACGACGGCAACUGCAAGACCCAAGACCAGGUCAGCCGCGACGUGACCCAGAUGAAGGGUUACAACGUGAUCCGCGUCUACGGCACCGACUGUGACCAGAUCCCGAAGCUGCUCCGCGCGCCUAAGCCAUCCGGCGUCAAGCUCUUCCUCGGCAUCUGGGACAUUGCCCAGGUCGACAAGGAGGCUCAGAUCAUCAUCGACGCCAUCGCCGGCGACUGGAACAAGAUCGACACCAUCAGCGUCGGCAACGAGCUCGUGAACAAGGGCGCCGCUGCCCCCGGCGCAGUCGUCGCCGCCGUGAACGCCGCCCGCACCAAGCUCCGAUCUGCCGGCUACGGCGGCCCCGUCGUCACCGUCGACACCUUCAACGCUAUCAUGGCUAACCCAGAGCUCUGCGGCGCCUCCGACUACGCGGCCGCUAACUGCCACGCCUUCUUCGACCCGAACACCGAGGCCUCGCAGGCCGGCGACUUCGUCCUCGGCAUGGCGCAGAAGGUCUCCCAGGCCUGCGGCGGCAAGCGCACCGUCAUUACCGAGACCGGCUGGCCGUCGCAGGGCAGCGCGAACAGCAAGGCUGUCCCAGGCGUCGCGCAGCACAUGGCUGCGAUCGACUCGAUCAGGUCCAAGUUCUCGAGCAACGUCAUCUUUUUCUCUGCCUUCAACGAUGGCUGGAAGAAGGACUUCGCGGGCUCGUUCGGCGCGGAGAAGUUCUGGGGUAUGAUCCAGUAG